GGGCAGGAAGGAGGCUGAAUGUUUGCUGUAAUCAUCCCCAAUUUAAACAAACAGCCUCUACAGGUCGAGAUACUCGAGUACUCGCCCCCCCUCUCCCUGUCACAUGCCUGAGUUUGUAAUGCUGAGCGUUUGCUCACGCUGAGCCCAACGCUCAGGCUGCUCAACACUCAGUUUAUCACAGUUUGUUCCCCUCGUGGGUCUGUAUGAUGUCAUAGAGAGGGGAUGUCCAUAUCUGGCCUCGCUGAUGGGAAACCCCACCUGAAGCAUGCAGCAGCUUUUGUAAAAAAAAACCCAGGAACAAACCUGCUUUGAGUGUAUUGGCUCAGGGGGAGGAGCUAACAGCGUCCCUCUUUAGGCAGUGGGUGAACAGUGGUGGUGAUGACACCGAGGCCCAGAAUAAGAGAAGGGGAUUAUUAAGAACUGGGGUUGGUGCAAAGCCACUCUAGCAGAGAGCUGAAAUAAGCAGGUCUUGCAUUUCCGAUGGGAUGCUUGCAGUGGGUUCCACCCUGAACGCAACCCUGUCCACCUGCAGGGGGCGUGGCUCAAAGCAGUGAAGCAUUUGUUUUUAUCACUUUCUCUUGAUUCUCAUUUAAAUUAUUUUUUUGGAAGAACACAUAAAAUCAUUCACUGUCAUGUUUGAGCAUCUUCGUCUCCUAGCAACAGACUCCUGUCUGAAUCUUUUUGGAUGUAAACAAUCAACUUCACACUAAACCUCUGACAGUACGUUUAUUAUUGGCUCGCUGUUAUUACUGGGUUUGAUCGCUGAGGCUUCCUCCUGCAUCAUGGACGAGUCUGCGUUGGAGCGAUACUUCGAUGAGUUCAUUGCUAACAACCCCAGGAGGACAGAGGAUGUCAGCGAGGAGGUCGGCGAGGAGGAGCUGUUUUUCAAGUUAUUGCCUGAUGAGCUCCUGACACUGAACACGGUCACCUGUGACGAUGCAGACAGGAUCUGUAAGAAGGAGGAUCGGACUGCAGAGAGCGGGAUCGCCGGCACGCAGUCACGAGACAGCAGCUCCCAGAAUUCCUCAGCAGAAGCUAAGCCCACGUGUGCGUCCUCCUCGUCUGAACUGAAGGCCCUUCCUGUUAAACCCGGGACCCCGGAGGACCCUGAGACACUGAAGGAGAAGUCGUCGAAUCUCGCCCCAGUGAUAUGUAACGUCAUCUCCACAGUGGACCUGGGCUGCUGUUUGGACCUGAAGUUCAUUGCUCGCAGGAUGUGGAACGUGCAGUACAAACCACAGUAUUUCACAGGGAUCAUCGCUAGGAUCCGGGAGCCAAAAGCAACAGCGACCAUCUUCCGAACUGGGAAAAUCAUCUGCCUGGGAACCAAGAGUGUGGAGGAGUCGCGCCUGGCAGCCAGGAAGUUUGUCCGCAAACUGCAGAAGUUUGGCUUUCCCGUGCACUUCCUCAACUUUAAGAUCCAGAACAUUGUAGCCUACUGCCAGACCUUUCCAGUGGAUUUAGCAGAACUGCAGAAGGUCCACAAAGGGCAGUGCAGUUAUGAGCCAGAGUUGCAUAACCGCCUCAUCCUCAACCCGAUUACCGGCAUCAGAGUGUCCUUCAUUUCGGCUGGGUGCAUAAAUGUGUGCGGAGCUAAAACCAGGGCUGAGGUCGAUGCAAUCUUUCAAACCAUCUGCAGAAUCCUGAGAGAGUACAGGUGGGAGCGAACAUGCAGCGGAGCUUUGAUUUCAAAGCCAAACUGAUGUUAGAGGCAGACAUGAAUAAACUGACGCAUGAGCGCCACUGCACUCCACUGUAGUUCCUGAUUGCACCACUAGAUGUCAGCACGGCUGCAGGCCGCUCUCAGUCAGUGGUUUAGAGACGUGCAGCUCUCGCCGUGUACCUCGUGUGUGUUUGCAUUACUCACUCACAGGUGAGGUCAGGAUCACCUGAGAAUGAGCAGGAGGCCUCUGGGUGGACGUGACCUGCUGCUCGUCCAUCAGAACGGCCAAAACAAGAGUGAAUAACACGUCACUGCAUCCUGAUAUCCUCUUAAACAGGUUCGUUAUUUACAACCUGCCCUUCAUUACAUCACUCAACAUUCAGUCGGCAUGGAGCUCAGAUUGGACGGUUUGGGGGUUUGGUCGAGUUUCCGUCAUAGUGCAUGCUGGGAAGUCUACUGGGAUCGGCCUCGUUACCUGACGUUUUACUUUGGUGGGCGUGGCUGUGAGCCUCACCUUUCCUGAGGUGGCAGGAGGUCAGAUUCACGAUGAGUCAUGAAAACGCGUCGUUUGGUGUGUUCUCUGUGACCCGCUGACCGCGGGGAUGGAGGCCCUUCCUGUCGUGUCUCCAGGGCUGCAUCAGGAGGUGAGGUCAUCCGGCCGCUGACACGCCCAGUCUGCAUGAAAGCAGUGAAUUAUGGGAACACUUUCUCUCCUCUAAGCCUCUACGUGCUCUUCCUCCACUCACCGUCUGAGGCUCUCAGUCAGUUUCAUCUUUUUUUGAGUUUCACAUUUUGAAAUUUCUUUUUCAGGUUUUUUGGAACAGCGACUGCUCAUCGUGUGCUCGUGACCUCCUCGCCUCUUUGUAUUUGAUCUGCUCGAGCUGUUCGCAUCCUGUCACUCUUGCUCCAUUUGGCUCAUGUCUUUCCCUCUCUAAUAACAUCCUCGACUUCCUCUGAUCCUAAUAAUACCAAACAACAAUCGUCCUGACACUCACACUUCCUGAACUCCCCACUCUCUCUCUUUCUUCUUCGACAUCGAUGCUCCGUGUUUGCUUCUCUGGUGGAAACGAGCUGAAAGUCAUGUUUGAAA